AUGAGGCGCUUCGCCAUACUGGCGGAGCAGGCCUCUAAAUCAAGGAUUGCCAGCGGAGCCUGUGCGGAAACAAGUGGUCGUGCCCUCCUCGGCCGCGCGGGCCUGGCCGACGGUGCGCCCCGCUCCGUGACGGACCUGGAGCAGGUCCCCACCCUGGACGCGGAGCUGCGGCUGAUCGCGGUGGCCAACUCCCUGGCCUCCAAGUCCGGCCAGAAGGUGCUGGCGGUGGGCAUCCCGCUGGCCGCCGCGCAGCUCAUGGGCCUGGGGCGCGAGGCCCGGGCCUACGCCGUGCCCCUGGAGGCGCAGGGCGAGGCCUCUUCACACCACCCGCGCAAGCCGGCCGGCGGCACGGGGGCCGACGCUCUGCACGCCGCGCGCCGCCUCGCGCUUUGCCUGCUGGCCGCGGUGGCGCGCGAGGCGCUGCUGGCCGCGCGCGCCGCCUUCCUGGGCCUGCUCUUCCUCCCCGCCCUGCUGUCCAGCCCGGCGCUGUGGUGCGGCGAGGCCGCGCGCGGCGCCUGGCUGCGCCUGGCCUGCGGCACGCUCGCCCGCUCCGGCCCCGCCUUCAUCAAGUGGGCGCAGUGGGCGGCCACCCGCCCCGACAUCUUCCCCGCCGACGCCUGCGCGGCGCUGGCGUCGCUGCAGGCCGGCGCCCCGGCCCACGCCUUUGCCCAUACCCGCGCCACGGUGGAGGCCUCGCUGGGCGCGCCGCUGGAGCGCCUCUUCGUCCGGUUUGACCCCGAGCCCGUGGCUUCCGGCAGCAUCGCGCAGGUGCACCGCGCCGUGCUGUCCACGGAAGGAGCGGCCGCCGCCGCCCCCCCACGCGACGGCAAGGCUCGCCCGGUUGGCGCGCGGCGCGGCAAACCUUCGCCCUUCGCCCCCGGCGCGGUGGUGGCGGUCAAGGUGCGCCACCCAGCGGUCUGCGAUCUGAUCGAGCGCGACAUCACGCUCAUGCGCCGCGCGGCGCGCCUCCUGGAGCUGCUGGGCACCGGCGGCCAGCUGCGCGAGAGCGUUAUGCAGUUCGGCGCGCCCCUGCGCGAGCAGCUGGACCUGCGCCAGGAGGCCGCACACCUGCAGCGCUUCGCCGCCAACUUCUCGGGCUGGCGCGGCGUGCGCUUCCCGCUGCCCGCGGGGCCGGGGCUGGUCGCCCCCGACGUGCUGGUGGAGACGUUCGAGGGCGGGCAGCUGAUCGCGCGCUUCCUGGAGACGGAGGGCGCGCGCUUCAACAAGCGCCUGGCCGGCCUGGGCCUGGCCUGCUACUUGAAGAUGCUCCUGCGCGACAACUUCCUGCACGCCGACAUGCACCCGGGCAACAUCAUGGUGGACCUGGAGCGACCGGGGCCCUCCUCCUGCCUCGGCGCACUCGCCGCCUGGACGGGGUGGGACCUGCGCCUGCCCCGCCUCGUGCUGCUGGACGUGGGCAUGACCGCGCGGCUGACCCCCGCCGACCAGGGCCGGCUGGUCGCCUUCUUCGGCAACCUCACUCGCCUGGACGGCCGCGGCCUGGCCGACGCCAUCGUGUCCUUCUCCGAUGCGCCGCCGCCGCCGCGCGCCGCCGCCGCCUUCCGCGCAGACCUGGGCAGCCUGUUCGACGGGCUGGACGCCGAGGCCCUGCGCGCCGACACCGCGGGCGUGGUGGCGGGACUCAUGGACGCCAUCCGACGCCACGGCGUCCAGCUCCAGGGCGUGGUCUCCACCGUGGUCAUCACCACCUGCGUGUUGGAGGGCUGGUCCACGCAGCUGGACCCGGGCAUCCGCAUGAUGGAGAGCCUGCGCGACAUCCUACCCAGCGCCUGGGGGGAGCGCGCGGGGCGGGCACUGGACUCCGCCUUCACCAAGUCCUCCCUGGCCAUGGCCGUGGCCAGCUGA